CAUUUAAGGAAAUUACAAAUGAAAAAGAAGAAUUUUUUAAUUUGUUAGUUCCAUAUUUUAAAAAAGAAGAAGUACAAAAGGACUCGCCACUGUGGUCAAAAGGUGAUAAUCCACAUUGUAUAUAUGUGGUGGAGCAAGGACAAUUGAGCAUAUGGAUUUCGGCAGAAAACAACAAAAAAAAUGUAAUUGAGAGAAUCUUACCACUUACCAUGGUAGGUGAAUUAGGUUUUUUCACUGAUAAUCAGCGACCAGCAAAUUUAGAGACAAAUACUCUAUGUGUUCUAUGGAAAAUGGAUCAAGCUUCUUAUUUAAGUAUGAUGAAAUCUAAUCCCGUUUUAGGAGCCAUUUUUAUGAAAUUGGUAAUGAAAUUCUCUGUAGAAAGGUUACGCAAGUUGGAUCGUUAUGCCUUUGAUUAA